AUAGCACAAAUGUCUGUCAACCAGCCGCAGCAGCAGUUCGCUGGACACGACAACAACACGCAGGCUGCAUUAUUGGUCCCGGCCACGAUAACAUUGGUAUCGUCACUAUUGCUGUAUGGUGUCCGCAUACGAGCCCGUCACUCUUCGCCUCUUGUCUGGACCGAUGGCACGAUCGCUGCAGCUCUGAUAUUAGCGAUAGUAGACUUCGUUCUCGCCGCCAUCGGUUGUCACUACGGUCUGGGUAGACACACGGUGCUUGUGGACUCGGCAAGAGUAGUCAAGGCUCGGCAUUUUGGUUUCCUCGUACAACCUAUCUCCAUGUGGUCCGUUUGCCUGGCCAAAUGUUCAAUUGCUUGGACUGCCCUCAGGUUAAGACCGGAUCGAGAGUGGCGAUGGGUGUUUUGCUGGAUACUCUUUGUACAGAUCGUCUGUACAAUUGCGGGCAAUGUCACUCAGGCUGUGCAGUGCCAGCCAACAUCUGCAUUAUGGAACGGUAGCGUGGAAGCGCAGUGCUGGCUGCCGGAGAGGACACAACUUGCUGGUCAUCCAGGCUUCGGAGUCAUUACGAGUAUACUGCUAUCCCUCACGCCUGUCGCCCUGGUCAGAGGCGCAAAUCGCUCGAUACACGAAUUAGUCGCAUUGGGACUAUUGGUCGGAGUAGGGCUGUUCAUCACCAUGUGCUCAGUCGCCAACAUGGUGUCGCUACACAACUACCGCACGACCGAGGAUCCUCUCAAAAACUUGAUAGCACCAACAACUUGGUGGCAGAUCGAGCAAAACCUCAGCAUCAUGGUCGGCCUAGCUAUCCAUCUCCAGACACCUUACGAGGCGCUACUGGCAAGAUGCGGAUUGAUAUGUUCAGUCAGAACAGAUUCGUCACCAAGCCACCGAUUAAAUCGUCUCGAGAACGGGUCGCAGACUCUGAAGAGCUUGAAGACGACUAUACCAUGGGGCCAAGUCUACGAUUCGAUGACCCACUUGCCGAGUAUUGUCAAGACGACUGAGGUUGUGCAUUCAACUGAGUUGGUGAAAGACGAUAGUUUGCGAUUCGGUACGCCAGCGAGGAGACCUUCGUGGUUCUAG